AUGAUUCAGUAUCAGAAGGUAUUAAUAUAUACGGUAAACACAAUUACUUGCUUCUCUUUGGUCAGUAUAAUGAAAAAAAUCCAGCUGAAAAUUCCUUUCGAAUUCGAAAAUAAAAGUGACGCUUUUGAAAUCGAAUUCAAUACCCUCAGAAACUAUAAUCACUUGGAAUUAACAUCUAAAAGCAACUGUUUCAUUAAUAUUGAUGCUAUCAUUAUCGAUGAUCCAAAAAUCGACCUUCCUGGUCCAACAAUUAAUAAUCUUCCUGAUAGAUUUGUUAUUGGACAUCGAGGUGCCGGAAAUAACCAAAUUGUCCAUGAUUUCUUGGAAAAUACAAUUCCAUCUUUUCAUGAGGCAUAUAAAAAUGGUGCGAGAUGCGUUGAAAUGGAUGUCCAGUUAGCCAAUGGUGGGAUUCCUAUUGUUAUUCAUCCAUUUUUGGUUACUCUUCCUCAUAAAUCUGCAACCGGCAGAGAUCCAAUUAAAAUUGAUGAAAAAGGAAAUUAUUUGUAUUGUAACCAAGAUAUAACUGUUGAAGAACAUCAAGAAUCGGGCUUAAAUACAGAGUAUAACACAUUGAGGUGCACAUAUUCAGGAGUCCUUACUCAACUUCCAGAAGAUCUUUCAAUUUUGACGGAAGUAAAGUACCCAUGUUCCAAGGAGCUUGAAAAAAUGAUUCCAUUCGAAGAAAGAAAUGCAUAUGUUGAUAUAUUAUUGAAAGAACUCAAAGAACAUGGAAAGAAUCGUACGGUUAUAUUGGGUUCUUUUGAUCCAACUCUUGUUAUAAGCUUUGCUGUUAGACAAAAGAGGUACCCCGUAGCAUUGUUAAUAAAUCCAUCAAAUGGUGAAGAACUUAGUCAUGUUAGGGACAGAAUUAGAACAUUCUUCCCUCUUCUGGAAAAGCUUGGAAUAGCAUAUAUUUCCACUGAUCCGCGCAACCUAUUACCUGAAUGUAAGAUCAUUGAUGAAGCAACAAAACUCAAUAUUAGUUUCAUGACUUAUUAUUAUCAGGAACAGACAAAGGAAUACUAUGAAAUGCUAAUGAAUCAUGGAAUAGCUUCUAUUAUUAGUGAUUACAUUCAGCCAUAUAAUGAAGCUGUCGAAAAAUUGAAGAAAGUAGGCAAAUGA